CCUUUCAGCAUCUAGCCGCAGGGGUCAUGAUACUGGCCAUAGUGCUGGUUCUGGUUCUGCACGGCUCAGGUGCACAAGAAGUUCAUCGAAAGAUUUCUCGCAGGAUGAACUACAAUACCUGACCUUGACGGGUCUCGGAACCUCAGCAAGGCUGAGCCUGGGCAGUACUGGGGUGGGAGACCUCCAAGGAAAACCAGGUUACAGCUGUAAGCAGGACCAGACUCUCUAAACCAAUAUCCCAGUAAGGUGACUUGGGAUACUGUGCUGUAGGAGUUGCCAGGCUUCAGGUGAAACAUUCACUUCUCGGGCUUUAAAGCUCCUAAGGCACUGUUCACAAAAGUAGGGCUGUUUAACACCAGAAUUUUGACUUAAUUGCAUUCUGGUUUUGUACAAUCUGUCCAACAUCCCUUAAAUCAGUUGGUGAAGCAAUUUCUCACUAAAUUGUACUACUGACUCUCUGUUUCUGUCUGCAUCUAUAUCUGCUUACAGGCCUCCUUGCCAGCUAUUUGUUUUUCCAGUCCACAGAAAUUCAUGCCAUCGAAGGCCAGUCAUGUACAAUUCAGUGUGUAUUCAGAUUCCCCAUGGAAAAUUACUCAAACAUAGUUGGGAAGUGGUACAAAGAGGAUAUGAAGAGCAAAAAUGCCACUGAAGGCAACAUAAUGAUAUCCUGUUCCCAUCCACAAAGAAACCUGAUUGUAUGCAACUUCACCCUACACAAGCCUAGACUCACUCUGAAGGAUUCUGGGAAGUAUCACUGUGAGCUCAUGAUGCCGUCUCCAACAACUCCAAGGAAAGGCAGAGGAAAUUGGACGACACUCGUGGUCUAUGAGCCUGCCAAAAUCAGAGCUCUCAAUCAAACCAAAGUGGAUGUGAUCGCAGGAAGAGAGGACUUCCUCUACUGCCAAGUCAGCGGUGAUUACCUUGGGGGCAUUAGCGUCGUCUGGCAGCGCCAAGGCUCGCCGGUGACCCAGGAUGUGACAAACAGUCCCAUUGAAAGGAACCAGGACAGAGGGGUCUCCAUGACCAGCCGACUACAGAUCUCCCCACGAGCCGAAGACAUAGAGAUGAACUACACAUGUGCGGUCAGCUACAGCAUGCAGCCCAGCCCCAUAUCCACAGCCUUUCAGCUGAGUGUGAAAUAUUCUCCCACCAACCAGACAGUCCUCCACCGCUCCUCUGACCAGGACCUACCCAGGGUCCUUUCCAGGAAUGAGCUCCAAGCCCCUCCUGGUUCCUUCCUGGAACUGCUGUGUGAGGUGGAGAGCCGGCCUGCUUCCCUAGUCCAGUGGUACCAUCCCAGCGGCGCCAAGCUGGCAGAUGGAUCCAACAGUGCCAACCUGAUGCUCCACCCAGUACGGGCCGGGGAUGAGGGGCCGUACCGCUGCACAGCAAACAACUCCUACGGUUCGCGCCAGCUGGAAAUUUACGUUUCCACUCGCUCGUCUGGCAGCUCGAAAGUCAGAUGGGUCACAUACCCCCUGUUCGUGUUUAUUGUGUCCAGUCUGCUGCUCUACAGAAAACACACUGAAGACCUUCACCGUCUUAGUUGCUGUGUGCCAAAACCACAGGGCACCGAGGACAUGGCCUCCCUCCCUCAGCAUAAACUGACCGGCGAAGCCCCGUGACUUCCUCGGAGCCAGCAGCAACCACGAACGGGGCUCUUUCACAGGCCUUGACUUCUUGAGUACCGAAGGGAAAAAAAAUAACGAAGCCCCCCAGACUGAUUGAUAAACGUGAUCCGUUUUCUGAGGGACCUUCCACGCCGCUCAUACCUCAUUGAGAUAAAUAUGCCCAAGCUGCAAUAAAUGUA